GAGUAUAAAUUUAGAAGAGGGGGUUUCGCCGUGGGUGCACAUUCCUAGGGCUACUACAGACAAAGCAUCAUACGAAAGAGGGGUUUCGCUUCUGUAAGUACAGUAUGUGUAGGCAUCUGAUCUCUGUCUGGCCGUUCCGUCGUCUCUUUCAUUCCAAGAUUUUGGCUACUACUUCUCCGAUCGCUAAUCCUCUCUUUUGUAAUAAGUUUAAUAAGUCAAUCCACAGCGAUUCCAAGAAAUCCGUACGGUUGCCGUCCGUUGUUUCUUCUUCUUUUUCUUCUCCUGCUUCCAAACUCCACACGAGUUUUCAAUCUUUCCUCUCAAUUUCAUCACCGUAUGAUGAUCGGGUCGACCAUUGUGCUCUACUACGUAAAUGUAAUAGUAGUACUACCGUUAUUAGGUCUUUCUCCUAUCGCUCCUCUGUCAGGGACAUUGUGAGGAAAUCGGUAGGCUGUGAUAAAUAUCGUGAAAAAGAACCUGAUGAUGGUGAUUUUGAAGAAUGCGGCCGGGAGGAGGAUAUGCCACAAUGUGAUGCAGUUGUCGGGGUACUGUGUACUGCUGCGGAAGUGGAUGUGUUUUCCCCGUGGAGAAGGAAACAGGAGCCGUCUUAUGGUGCUGGAUUAAUCUUGAGUGGGAGAAGAGUGUUAACUACUGCUCAUUCAGUGGAUCAAUACACUCAAUUGGAAGUCGGGAGAGAGGUCUGGGGUCCAAGGUAUACAGCUACAAUGCUUGCUGUAGCACCUGAGUGUGAUCUUGCAAUUCUAACAGUCCAUGAUGAUGAAUUUUGGAAUCAAGUUAAGCCAGUGGAGUUCGGGGAUAUGCCAUCACCAGGAGAUAAAGUGAUCAUAGAUCGCCUUCGAAAAGAUGAAGCGUAUUUGCCUUUGGUGACUGCUUCUGUAUUGGGAUCGGGCAUGACACGUUAUUCAUUUUGGGGCACCAAACUUCUGGCUUUUCGGAUCAAUGUAGGCCGGAACGGAGCGUCUGGCGGUGGACCUGCUUUUGAUGAAAGAGGCAAAUGUGUAGGAUUGAAGCUUCAGUCCCAAGGCUACAAAAAUGGUGAUUUUGUACCUGUGGAAGUUAUUAAGCACUUCAUUCAAGACUAUGACAAGAAUGGAGCAUAUACUGGACUCCCACUACUCAGCAUCAAGUGGCAAGAGAUGGAAAAUCCUUAUCUGCGUAUGUUAAUGAAGAUGGAACAUGAUGAACAAGGCGUCCUUAUUACAGAAGUCAAUCCAAACUAUCCAGAAUCUGUGAUUCUAAAACCAAAUGAUGUUAUUCUCAGCAUCGAUGGGAUUAACAUUAAUAAUGAUGGAACAGUUCCAUUUUUAAGAGGACAGCAGAUAGAAUUCAGUUAUCUUAUUGGUAAAAAAUAUAAGGGCGAUAAGGUUGUUAUUAAAGUGCGCCGAGGUUCAGAGAUAUGUGAAUUCAUUACAGAACUUGCAACACACAAACAAUUCGUCCCAGCCAACAUAAUUGGGAGGCCUGUUCGGUAUUACAUUAUUGGAGGAUUUGUUUUCACAACUCUUUCUUUUCCAUGUAUGGAAGUUAUGGAUGAUAGGUACUACAAUGAUAAUGAGAAGUUCGAAGAUUGUAAUGAGAGGCCAGACGAUGACAAGCUUUUAUUCCAGGCUUUAUACGAAGAGCCUGUUGUGCUUCUUCAGGUGCUUAAAGCUGACAUCAAUGCUGGGUAUGAGACGGAGUUUACACUGCAAAAUCAGGUUCUCAUCACUUUCAAUGAUAAGCCUGUUGAGGGACUAAAUAGCUUGGUCAGUAUGAUAGAGACUUCUAAUGAAGAUUUCAUGAAGUUCGCAUUUGGAAACAAGAAGACUCUGGUAUUGCCGACAAACAUUGCCAGAUCAAGAACUCCGGAUAUCCUUAAAGCACACUCUAUAAGUUGUGCUAUGUCUGAUGAUCUGAAGGAAUUAGUGAAGUUGACUCGAGGUGAAGAAAGUCCCAUAAAUAUCUGAAAUUUGAAUGGUUUUGAGUAGUAACGUUGUUCAGUUACCAUUCAGUGCAUUCUUUUCAGCAAUGCUUUCCAGUUCCAUUCUCUUUAAAAGGUUGAGCUAACUUGUGGUGGCAAUAUCAUAUAGGAGUCAGUCAAGUUGUGAGAUGUUGUGGGUGUUUGUUCUUGGAUGACUUUUGGUUUUUACUAGGGCAUGAGCUUUUCCAAAAUAUGCAUAACUGCAUUGGGCGUUGACUAUCCACCCUUGUGAACCUAAUUUAGAUUACCUGUGUAUAUUCAUCUCAAGACCGUCAUUGUAUCUGAAAGUUGUUUGAUGGUUCGAUUUUAGAAAAUGGGCAUCUGUGAUUUUAGGAUAUGCUUCUGGAAGUGGGGUAAGUUUCUGGUUGUAUGACUGUUCCCUGCA